AUGGUUAUCCGAAAAGCAGUUCCGUCACUUCUAAGGUGUAGCAAUUGUCGCGUUGCUCUCCUAAAUGCCGUCGCUUCCCACGCCGGUCUCUCUGUUCGACCAGCUACGCGAGCGACAAAGACUAGGAUCAAGCCCGUAGACAACACUAAAAAGCAAUACUUUUCUACUUCUCCAGUACGGACGUCUGAUCUUGUCCAGCAGCAACGACAAGAGCAGUUGCCUCCAGGCGAAGAGACGAGCCUUGAGGCGGAGCGAUACGCUGAGUCAAACGAGAUACCCGAAAACCCGACGUCAGCGACCCCAUGGUACCUUCAAGUUGAGAAACCUGAACGAGCUUCAAAUCCGCUGCUAGAGCGUCAACGAAUGCCCGAGCUACCGUCUGAUCCUCCACCACUUCUCAAGCCAUUGCUCGAACAUGUUUCCAUUGAUCUAGGCCUUGAUGAUCUCACAAUCUUUGAUCUGCGUAAGAUCGAUCCACCGCCUGCGUUAGGCGCAAACUUGAUUAUGGUUUUGGGCACUGCUCGCAGCGAAAAACAUCUACACGUCUCGGCAGACAGAUUUUGCAGAUGGCUGAAGAUAACCUACAAACUUACUCCGCACGCGGACGGUCUAAUGGGCAGGGGAGAACUGAAGCUCAAGAUGAGAAGAAAAGUACGCCGAGCCAGACUUUUAAGCAGUGUUGGAUCAUCAGAAACCUCUACUACGGACGACGGGCUACGGACUGGUUGGAUAUGUGUCAAUGUUGGCACCAUCGAGGAUGGGAAAGCUUCCACGGAGGAGUUCACAGAGCAGCAUGGAUAUGUGGGGUUUGGCAGUGAGGCUGAGGGUGCUAAGCUGGUCGUUCAGAUGCUCACUGAAGAAAAGCGAGAAGAGCUGGAUCUGGAGGAUCUGUGGGGAAAGAUGGUUCGAAGACAUGAAAGAAAAGAGGAUAGGAUCUCUAAGGCUCAAGACGGGUUGUCAGCAGAUCAGGAGAUUGGUCAAAGCUCAAUGCAUGAAGAGCUUUCUUACUCUGACUUGUCAUCUACUGCAAUCUCAAAUUGA